ACAACUCCAAUAUAACCAACUACACUUACCACACCAACAACAACCACACGUACAUCAACAACACCAACCACCCUAACAACACUAACAACGCCUACAUCAACAACAACACCAACCAGACUAACAACACCAACAUACAGUACUUACAACACCACCAACACCAACAUACUUACAACACCAACCACACCAACAACACCAAUAACACUUACAACAUCAACAACACCAACCACCCAAACACCACCAACAACACCAACAAAACAAACAUCACCAAUUUAUGAAAAUAUCAGACCAAACCCCAAACUCAACGUCUUUCACGGUUGUCAUGUCAGAUGAGAUAUACAUGAAUCAAAAAAUAUAUACAUGAAUGAAUGAAGUCGUCCUCAUUGUGUCACAUAGAUCAGCUCAGCCUUUAGACUCCACACUGACUUCAUACGUUCACUUUUAUCAGAAACACAAUGAUGUCAGUAAAACCAGAACCAGAUCCCUGCAGAGUCUGACUCCCUAUCUUCCAAACCUAAAAUAUCACAGAGUUUUUAAUCAGUCUAUCUCUCUGUCUGUCUUCACGUCAAUUUUAUAAUCAGAUUCCAUCUCAAUCUGAAUGAUAAAUUCAUUAGGAUUAGAAUCAGGUUCAGUGUUCACAUCAUCAGAUACACAGACAGAGAGGAUCACCAGCUUUUUCACCACCAAACACAAUUUUUUAGAGUGAACUACACCAAAUCAUGGAGCACAGCAGCAGACUGUAAAUAUGAAGGUAAACAACUUAAAGCUGCAGCAGCAGGUACUGAGGGAUGAAACAAACAACAGAGGAAUGAGGGAAACACGUGAAAGGAGUGAAAGAGGCUGAGAUAAACAGAUGAUAAUCUGAGAUAAUGAUCAGGUAGAAAUAGGGUAAUAAUCUGAGACAAUAAUCGGGUAAAAAUACGAUAAUAAUCUGAGAUAAUAAUCAGGUAAAAUCAGGUAAUAAUCUGAGAUAAUAAUCAGGUAAUAAUUUGAAAUAAAACUGGGAGAUCAUCUGGUGUCAGUCUGAGAGUCUCAGUCCAUGGACUCACCUGUUCACAGGUACAUGAAGGAGCAGCUCUGCAGUCAGAAAAUUGUAAGGAAGUUUCCAGUUUGAGCCCUGAAAGUCUGACCUGAGAUCAGCUCUGUAGAGGAUUCACACACACCUUCAUCCUCCUCCUCCUCCUCCUGUGACUGUCAGAGAGUCUCUUCAGCCUCCAGACGCCUCGCCUCCUUUUAUAGCGGGGAAAGCCACGCUUAGAGGGGGAGAAGGUGGAGGGGGGGAUAGAGGGUGAAGACAGAGGGCUGCAGUGCCCCCUGCAGGCUGAGUACAGGGAGCACAGGGAGCAGGAGGAACUUCAUCAGCCCAAACCAAACCCUGUUCAGUUUCUCUAAAUUUAAGGAAAUGUGUUAACAAACAUCAAUUGUCUUUCCUGUUUUCUGAGGUUUUAAUGCAGUCUGUGGAUUUAUUUCAUUUACAGGUUUAGGUUUGAUCUCAUGAAACACACAAACACACUGAUGCUUCAUCAUGAUUUCAAAUACCUGAGUGUGGCUAAAACUAGGAGUAAUUUUUCACUUUUCAAUCAUGAUUAGUUUUUAUUUUUUUUAUUUAUUUUUUUGAAUAAUGUGUGCUGCUGAAAUCUUGUCCAGGUCAUCCUGAUGAAACCUUAAAUAAAGGUUAAAUGAGUAAAAAUAAAAUAAAAAUACAUUUUUAUAUGCAGUAACUAUGAUCUAUAUUUUAACUGUUGGUACUGAGCCCACACUUUCACACUAUUUAUUUUUAAUCGACUGUUUUCUCAGCAGCUCCUGACCCGUGGUGGAAUAAAGGGGUAUUCAUGUGCAAAGAGAGAGGAAUUUAAAAUUAACAAAAAACCGGAAGUCACUGUACUGUACUUCAAAUUAAAGCAUACCCCUGCUCCUGCUCCGUGUUCAGUUAAAGACCAUGAAAAUGUGUUCUUCGUCUGAAAAUCAUAUUAUUUUAUUUAUUUUAACUUCAAAUGAAAUUGGAAAAGUACGGUCUGAAUUUGUCUCCUGGUGAAAUAUCUGAUCACCUGAAGACCACCAACAGUUAAAAAAAUAAAAUUGUUACAAUAACAGAAAUUAUCAAUAAGAUAUUUCGAGUAUUUUUAUUUUUAUAUAUAUUUGUUUUAAAUAUUUUCAUCUUGCUUAGACUUUAUUCUUCUGAACUAAUUCAGCACAAAAACAGUUUAUAUAAGUUAAGUUCUCCUUUAUUUUAAACGCAACCGUCUAUCCUCUUAUUUUAUUAUUAUUUUUAUUUUUUACCUUGUAAUUUGUAAGUUCAUGUCUGGGUUGCGCACCUGUCCUGUUAUUACCAUGAAAUAUUGACGUUUUAAAAACUGAUUUCCUCAUGUACAGGCUAGACUUUUAAUUUGAAAAGUUGUACCGGAAACCUUUGUCCUUCGUCCGUCUUGACGGUCAGCGGAAUAAACGCGGAAGUCAGAGGUGAGUUGAGCAGAGACACGAAGCAGAAAGAGUCAAAGUUGAAGCUUGGAGCUACAAUCUUGUUAUCUGUGAACCAGAGGAAACCUGAACAGUAAGUUUGAUUCUCUAAAAACUCAAAUUUUUAUCGUCGUUUCACCAGAAUCUUUCCUCCUUUUGUGGCGGGAACUUUGUCCGAUUUCAGGCCGAAGUUUACCAAUGAUGACGGCGCUCCAUCUCUCGCUGAUCACCGGACUCCCUUUUAAAACCUACAGGUUUAUAUUUUAACUCUUUGGUGGUAAAAAAAAAAAAAAAGAGGGAGUGUUCAUCCAGUAAAAUUGACUUUUUAUCACACUGAACAUUAUUUUUGAAUACCGCGUGGUCUUAGUCCUUGUGGUUUACUAAAGACAGUCCCUUUUGUUUGUCUGCCUGGUUUUCCCCUCGGACUCUGUCCCAUAAAACUGCAGCGGUUUAGGACAGAGAUCUGUUUCAGUGACUUAUUAAAGAUGGGGUCAGUGUUACAAAGAGGAGGACACACACGCCGAAUUCAACAAAAACCUCUUUUGCAUAAUGAAAGGUUGUAAACCACACUGUGCGAUCCUUUUACCUGUGGUACAGGAACCAGUCUCUAAAUUUAUAAGCUUUUACACAUAGUUUGGUGUGCUGGUGUGUAAUGAUGUGUAAUAAAAUGAGUCACAGAGUCCAUCUGGUGAAUGUUGAACCAUUGUCCUUUUAGGUCAGUUUUAUAAGCUGUGUAAAUAUCUCUUAUCAGUGUUUGCACACCUGCACACUACCUGUGCUGUCUCCACUUUCACUCUUUGUUCAGAGGAAAAAUUCAACAUGAAAACCUCUAAAGAUGUCAUGAGGGUUAAAGACGUGAAGACCGAGGAGUUUGUGUGAUGAUGAACUGGGUCAGUUAAAUACAAAUGAAUUCAUUCCAACCCACAGACCAAUGAGAAAUCAGAUCUGAUCAGACAGUCUGAUCAGAGAGGCUGCUCCUGCUCAGUGAUGUUCAAGUCCUCGAAACGAUCCUCAGUGAGAGCAGAUCAGGGUUCAAAAUUUCUUUCUUUCUUUAUUUAUCUCAAACUUUAAGAACAUAAACAACAACAACAAAAAAACAACUAGAAACAAAAAGACUGAACAAAAUAAUAUGUACUCCAAACAAGUGUAUGUCAAAGAAAUUUACACUAACAUAUGUUUGUCAAAAAUAAACUUUUUGAGAAGAAACAGAAUGAAGCAAAGAGUUUAUCAAGUCCUGCUCCUCCCUUUCAAAUUAGAGAUUUAAAAUAAAUCUAAUUACCAAGAUCUGUAUAAAUUCCUACAUGUUAAACACAAAGAUAUCUGCUCAUCACUACAUAGGUUACUUAUUAUAAUUAUUUGCAUAUUAUAAUAAUGAUAAUCAGUGUUAUAAAAUUCAGAAUUAAUAUUACUUAUAUGCAAUCAAGUAUAUUUAGUAUAAAUUUCAAUCAGUCAAAGUUUAUUUAUAUAACACUGUUCAUACAAAUAAAAUUGCAGCUCAAAGUGCUUUACAUCAGGACAUGAAAAAUAAAAGUUAUUAAAAUAGACUAAAACGGACAAAAUAUAAACUUGAAUUUAUUGAUAAAAUAAGGUCAAAAGUGAUACUAAAAAAUAAAUAAAUUAUAAUAGUAAUUAAACUAAUGAAGCUUUACAUAAAAGCCAGGCUAAAUAGAUGAGUUUUUAGGCUACGUUUAAAGAUUUCUAUAUAUGCAGCUUGUCUCAGACUCUCUGGAAGUUUGUUCCACAGGUUUGGAGCGUAGCAGCUAAAAGAAGCAUCACCAAAUCUUUUUGUUCUGCUCUGUGGAACGACUAAAAGAGAAGAUUGAGAGGAUCUGAGAGGCUGCCCUGGUUCAUAAAUUAAAAUAAUCUUUGUAAGGUAUUCUGGUGCCAGGCCAUGUAGAGCUUUAUAAACUAGUAAAAGAAUUUUAAAAUCUAUGCGAAAACUAACAGGCAGCCAGUGCAAAGACUUUAAAAUGGGUGUAAUGCUCUUUCCUCUUAUCUCUUUCCCUUAUCAAUGCCUUUCUUCGAUUAAAAAAAGUAUACUAUAGGUUUUCACCCUUAACUUAAAAUUCUCUGAUAACAGAAACACAUGUAUGCCACCUUCAGUGAGAGUCUAAAAUAAUCGAACAAAAUUAUAUUUAUUCAGCAUUUCUGACAUUCAUUGUGCUUAUGUUAACAAAGGACAUACUUUGGAGUGACCAUAUUCUGAAUCUGAAGAGGACACUACUACGCAGGGCGGACAAUUUUGAUUUUUUUUUUUUUGCACUGUUUUUUGCGCUGCACUGUUUUAUAAUCAAUGGAUACACGUUCUGGACAUUUGAAGGAUUUUACAAACUCCCCCAGGCAGCCCCCCAAGAGAGGACAUGUCCGGGUAAAAGAGGACGUAUUGUCACCCUAUCAUAUGUAACUUCAGUGCCAUGCUGAGACGGGGCAGCAGCAGUUGACGACCAGUGUUCAACAGGUGUUGUGCCGUAGAAUGCACCCCUGACAGGAGCGCGGUUGAAAGUAUAUAACAAGGUGAAAUAAUCCAAGUUUUCCUUACCAUUGGGUGGAUUCUAAAGCGUGUGCCUUUAAUUACUUCAUUCAGGCUAUUCAGAUAAGCCGAAAACAAUAGUCCUCUGAUUCAGAAUAUUUGCUGUCCUGAAAAUAUAAAGUUCUCUACCUUGACAGCUUACUGUACAGUUUAUAAACCCAAGAACACCUCUAUGUGUGCAUUUUUGAGACACAUAAAAACAGAACGAAAGUUUGCUGCUUCAUUUGACAUGUUGUCAUGAUCCAUUUCCCCUUUUUUUUUUUUUUUAAAUAUGAGAUCAUUUUUCUUCCACUUUAAGAAGCUAAUGAGCAGAUAGGGUGCAUUCUAGGGCUGCAACGAUUAGUCGACGUAAUCGAUUACGUCGACACGACAAUUCAUCGACACGAAAAUUAAGCGUCGAUACGUCGUGUUAUUGUUGUUAAGAAUCACAUGCCGGCGCCUCAUGCUCAUCUAUAACUGCAGUGCACUACAGGAUGUGCUGGGGGCAGUAGCGCUCGCUGUUUACAUCCCGCGAGUAAACACAGAAGAAGAGUGCACACAUUAUGGCAGAACAAACUGAAAAAGACGCUCCAAAACUCUGACCCAAAACUUCAAAAGUUUGGGAACAUUUUUACGGAGAACAAACCAAAAAAACACGUUGAUCAAAGCUCAGCUUUCCUACCAUGGCAGCACCACGGCGAUGCAUGAGCACCUGAAAUGCCGACACCCCGGAAAUAGGUGUUUAUAAAUAAAGAAGAUAGUGAUUAAUCGUGAUUAAUCGGACUUCUAGUCCAUAGAUUAGUCGACAAAAAAAUUAUCGUUAGUUGCAGCACUAGUGCAUUCUACGGCAGAACACCAGAGGAGAGCAUUGCAUACAUGUGACUCCUUAUAUUUGAUGCCGUGCCCCGUUGACAAAUGUUGAAGCAUGUUGCUGAUGUUUCCAUCUUUGCAUGUUAUCACUGCUUGACAAAUGUUGCACUGUUGUUGUCUUUCUUAGUAAAAUUAAACCAUGCUUUAGCUUGUUUCUGCCUACUUUUCGUAUCGUCCGCCAUGUUUUUUCCUCUGUACUUGUUCCCGUUCGCAUAGACUGGCACUCGCAAGACUGCUUUUCAAGGCACCCGGAAGAAAGGAAUUGUUAAGAUAAAAUGUAAAUGAUAUUCGAUGGAUUGAACCAUUUGGAACCGGUUCUCAACCCUCUCGAUUCCCAUCCCUACUCAGAGAGAGAAAAGGUCAUACUUUAGCAAUGUAGGAUGGUAAAAGAUGGUAAAAGGCUGUUUUAGUGACCCCCCCUAGCAUGAGUUUUAAAGUUAAAGUCAGCAUCAAAGACCACUCCGAGAUUUGGUGCUUCUUGUCUGGGGUGAAGUCCUAUUUUGUGGAGUUUAGGGGUCAGUUUCUCUCUCUGAGCCUUUGAACCAAUUAUUAAAACCUCAGUGUUGUCUGUGAUAUCCAGGCUGUUACAUCUAAAAGGCAAUUUAAAAGUGACCCAACUGGCUGUUAUCAUCAAGAGACACGGACACAUAGAGCUGAGUGUCAUCUGCAUAACUGUGAAAAGAGAUGCUGUGUCUCCUGAUGACACCACCCAGAGGUAACAUGUACAAAUUAAAAAGUAACGGUCCUGAAAUUGAUCCUUGUGGCACCUCCCUGGUAACCUCGUGGUGUGUAGAAGAGUGGUUAUUGAUUAAAAAUAAGAAUUUUCUGUCACAAAUGUACGGAAAAAAAACAUUUAAAAACAUUUCCUGUGAGGCCCACGUGUUCAUUUUAUCUUUGUAAAAUUUCAUCAAAGUCCUAUUCUGACCGGAUGUGUUUGUAUCCUUGAGUCAAAUCUGUCUGACGGAUGUUUGUGGUCGUGAGGUUCUUCUUCUUCUAUGUGGACUAAUGUCUGUUAUUUUAGGAUUGUUGUGUUUGAUCAAAUCCAUCAAAAUCAAUAACAGCUGUGUGGUAUUAUUGGUGUGAUUGGGAUCAGCUGUUUAAAGGUUGAACAGAUCAGUAAAUCUGGGCUCUGCUGAUCUUCUCUGGGGUUCAGACUCUGGUUUUGUUGAUCCGGAUUUUGUCCUGAUCUCAUGGAGGUAGACCGCCCCACUUCAGACGUGUUUUUAAAGGCCAGAAAAGGUUCCUGGAGGACAGGCUGAUUUAUUUCAGCUCAUAUAUGACAGACAGAGUGAGCAGAGUGGGAACUGAGGAGGGUCAGCAGUAUGGACUUUGAAAGACAUGAUCUAGAGUAGGGCCUGACCGAUAUGGAUUUUUUGGAGCCGAUGCCAAUACCGAUUAUUGGGGGGGGUUAAUACGUUUUAAUAAAUUGGCCGAUUUAAAACAUUUUUAAAAUGAAAUUAUAAAAAACAUAUACAGUAUAUGGGUCAAUGAAGUAUAAGGUUUUUCAACAUGCCAAUUUUAAAAUACCAAAAAUAAGAAUAUCUUUUGCAACGGUUCAAACACUAAGGAUGUUAUGUAUACAAAAAUUAAAGUUUAAUUUUUAAAUUAGGCAAUUUUAGUGUUUUUUCAUGUAGAUGAAUUGCCUGUGGCCUUAAAAAAUGUCAUGUGGUGCAACCAUCAAUUAUCUCAAAAUUAUUAAAUUUUUUCAACAUACUCCAAAGUUUUUUACAAAUUGUCUGUAAUAUCAAGUACAUAGGAACAAAGCGUUUGCAUUUUAUUUGAGUUUUUGUAAAUAAUGAUCUCAUAUAUUAGCUCUAUAAUGUCACAGUCGCUAUAUCUAAUUUAGUUCAGUGACUAUUUUUUUCUUUAAAUUGCAUCAUACUGAUAAAAAUGUUUUGAAACUACCUAUAACAGCUUUCCAAUGCUGUUACUUGUGGUGAACACCUUUUUGCUUGAGUUGACGCGUGCCCGUAGGUGGAAUAAUGUCACAUGUCACACCGUCCAUAUCUUCUGUUGUUUUGAUUUAUUUACUCAUUCAUUAUUUUAUGUAUGACAAGACACAAGACCACUUCACACGGUCAAAAAACUGUUCGGCUUCCCAGGUGUGCGCACCUGUCCUAAUCAACCCACCUAUUAAAUAGACAGGCACAAUAGCACCAUCUGUUGGCACAAAAAAUACAUAACAAUGAACUGCAAAACCCCAAUCUGGCUCCUACACUACCUUUCAUGUAAGCAUAUUGUAUCAGGUAUUAAUGUCUCAGUUACAGAAAUUAGAUAUUUUAGUUUGUAUUUGAUAUAAUUAAUGUCAUUAUUGGUCGCAACAUAUGAUUGGUGGUUGCGCCAAAUGACCUGAAGACCUUGUAUCAUUAAAAUCAAUUUAAAGAGACCUAUGAACAAUAAAUUUCAUGCAAAUUUUAUAUUCAAACCAAAUUUUAUUAACAUUUCAAAUAUGAACACAAACAUUUUAUUUCCCUUUUUGACAAAAAUUUAACUCUGUGUCUAUGUGUCCAGAGGCCUGCACUAUGAAGCUGGAUUAACACACCCAGCAUAACUCUGCCACAACUCACUCAACUUCACCAGAUCUCCGUAAUCCCGAUCAGCUGUACUACGAGGCAGGAUCUCAACUAGCUAACUAAAUUCAGUUGUGGUCAGAUCUGUGCGUGCACACGUAAAGGGGGUGGGGUCAGUGCCACCGGACCAAUCUCCACAAUGGAGAAGGCUGCAUGUCAUAUUUCACAGCCGAAGAACAGAGCAUUAUUUUACACUAAUACGAGGAGUUCCGCAACAUUAUAACAGUGAGGAGCAGGACAGCCGCUAAAAGCCGGAGGGACUGCUGGCAAAAAAAUCAUUGAUCGUGUAAAUUACAUUUGUGCGUUCAUAAAUUUAUGGCCCCCUAAUAUGUUGUCAUGCAGCGUGUGAUCGCCUCCAUCAUUGACCUCAUUAUUUCAGAUACAACAGCAGUGGGGAAAAAAGUAUGUGGGAGCAAAUAAAAAUAAAUCUAAAAACAUCUGUCAAAGUGGUUAGUAGGUUUACUGGAAGAUUUUAUUUGUACACAUUUCAACGCGUAAACAGUGAUUUCCUCACACUGCCUUUUUUUCUUUUUUCUCCAUCAUCUAAUGGUCACAUUUCAUCUGCAGACACAUUUGGGGUUAAGAGGAGUUUUCUAAUCUGCUUCAAUAAAUUCUGAAUGAUGACUGAUAUGCCGCAUGAAACUUGAACUUGGAGCUUGGCAAAUAUUAGUGUAUUGCUUCGACUUCAUGUUACCUGACUAUUGAGGCCGUCCGAGGAAAACCUGUAACAUUCAUAGAGAACGUCAUCGGGUAAAUCAAAGGGAUUUGAACGAUCAUGAAUAUAACGCUCUCGGCGAAACGCUCCUCUCACCAUCCGUGCAGCGAUGUCAACAAUCUUGGCCCAAUCUUUGACCAGUCCUCGCAUGAACAACAUGCUGCAGGGUCAGAGUUGACACGCUGCCUAUGGCGAGCGCUUUUAACUUUGCUUGGCAGUGGCAUCUGGUAAAAUAAAUUAAAAUGACUUAAAUAGAUACAUGAAAGUAAAUAAAUUGCUAACAACGGCAUACAUACCCUAAGUGAAAUGGCAUGUUUUUAAUAUUUUUUUCCUUAUUUUGUACAGCGAUGAACUAACCAUUAUUUUAGAAAUGUUAGCAAAAUGACUCAUCAAAUAACAAAAAAAAUUCAAAAUAAUACUAAAAAUUAAGUACUUAGUGUUUAUCAAUCAUCAAUUGAAUAUGAAAAACGUAAAUACUGCCAAUCUAGGGCAUAUAUUUAUGAUGGAAAACAAUCUGCAGUGGUCACACCACAUGAUAAUUGGUCGCACCGCAUGACAUUUUCAAGUUCAGUCAAAUCUUGCUGAUACAGGAUUAGUCACAUAAACAAAGCUCACUAGCUUCCCACAAAAGGUCACUAUGAAAUUUAUAAUUAAAAUACAUAUUUGUGGAAAUAACUUAAAUCGAUUGUUUUGUUUGAGGUCAUACCACAUGAUAUCCAAAAGUGGCAAUGCCAUUAAAGCAGUUGAAAAGGUCUUUUUUUUUUAAACAAAUGAGAGAGCCACGAACCCUCUUUCUGCUUCCAUAGCUCUAUGACAAAAUGGUGACACAAAAGUGUCAAAAAUGGUCAUUUCUUGGUGGUCGCACCACAUGAUAUUUAAUGAAAUGAACACGAUCGGACAAAAUUUGUUUGUAUAUUAUGAAAAAAAUAUAACUGCAAAAGCUUUGCAAUUUUGUACAGGAAUAAAAAAACUUUGAAAAUUAUGCCGAAUAUUGCAGAAACUAAAUUGUAAUAGAUUUAGAGUAAUUUCAAAAAAGUUUUCAAAACAGAAGUCAUGGCUGGACGGUCGCACCACAUGAUAUUUUGACACUUUGAAGUUCAGAAAAAUUACAAAACAAUCCUGAUUUUUGAAAAGUUGAAGUGGCUCCAUAUAUUAGAGAGAUACUACACAUAGUAUAUUUUUUUACAUUUAAAACUCUUUGUAACAUAAAGAAAAUACAGCCGGACAGAAUAUUUAGGCGUCACAUCAUUGACCCAUAUACUGUAGAUAUACUGUAGGCUACUGCUCUUCACACUGCUAGGAAGACCAACUGAUCAAACUUGGACCAGAAAAGCGUUUUCAACUACCCCCCACCCGCCCGCCGAUCAGUGCCUCCAUGUCUUAACUCCAUGGAGACAUGCAGUUGCAUCAGUAAGAGAAGUAGCUUGAUCACUUAAUGUAUACUGUUGUUUAUUCUACUGUUACUGGCACAGCGUAGCAAGGCUAAUAGCAGGUGGCUAACUCUAACUUUAGCUUGCAUAUUACAUGAUGCCUCACCGUUAACUCAGUGUGACCGAGACCAGCACAGUGAGGAACAUUGUGAAGUAGGUUGAACUGAAACUUGUUGACUUAUUGUGUAUUUCACAAACUGGUUUAUUUACCGUUGAGGCGGACCACUCUCCUCCGUGCGUCCCUGAGCUGCCUGCUUCAGAUCCGUCAGUCUGCUGUGCUGUGAGGUAGUUAGUGGAUGAGGACUGUCAUGAGAUUGCUGCGCCAUCUACAGGAUAAGUCAGGAAACUUUUCAAAUGCCGGAACAUUUUCGAAGUGAAACCAAAUCUUACUCUCCAAAUUUUAUUUCUGAAAAUAUCAGCGAAAAUCAGUGAGUUUUGGCCAAUUACGGAUUAGUCUCAAACAGGCUAAAAUUGGCCGAUUUAAUUGGCUCGCCGAUAAAUUGGUCGUGCCCUAAUCCAGAGACAAAGCAGGGCUGAGGGCUUGACACUAACUUUUGUUCACAUGUUCUCUUAAGUUAAAGAAGUAAGGAGCACACAAAGACUUUAGGGGAACAAUGAAAAUUGAUCAAAUAUUUGUCUUAUUGAUCGACCUCAGUACUAUUAUUAGAAAUCAAUUUUAGGUCUUUUGGUCACAUGACAUGGUAGUAGGCCUGGGCGAUCUGGCAAAAAAAAUGAUCACGAUAUAUUUUGCUGUAUCCUCCGAUCUCAAUUAUUGUCACGAUUUUUUUUUUAAACUGCUAGUUUUAAAGCAUCUGUACUAAAAACAAAAGAAACUAGAGAUUAGUUCAACAUUUUAGUAACAUACAAAGUAAAUAAAGAAUAAGAUAAACUUGUAAAAAUUUAAAAACCACUUUAACUAAAUUCUUAAUGAUACAGUGAGCUAGUUUACAGUCCUGAGUACUUUUGCAGGUAUGCAAGACCCAAAAUAAACGGGACAGCAGGUCAGGGUCUCAGCGUCCUCGAAAUGAAGGGACAGACCCCUCUGUGAAGGACUUAAGUCAUUCUAAAGACCGGUCUCUGCAGCAGUCCUGAUAUUCUGCCCCCUGCUGGUCAAAGGCACAAACUACACAGACCACUCAUAACAGGGGACAUGAACCACGUUGUAUGUGCACUCGCCGCCAUCUUUGUCCAUCCUCAUCGCCUACGUCAUUGGAUCUGUUCCCUCCUGCUAAUAGAACUUCUGGUUGUGGUGAGGAUGGCGGUUAUAAAACUGGUUCUGGUUCCCAGCCAGGCAGUUUCUUCAGAGUGAGAAUGUUUCUAUUUUUAGGAUUCAGGCUUGGUGGUUUUCCUCUUCUAAAGUUCUCCUGGAGCUCUGUGACCUCCCGUUGACCUCCCGCCUCAGACAGGAUGAGAUGAGCAAUAUACUGACGAUAGUCUGACGAUGUUCUGUCAGGAGUUUGAGUUUUGUGUUUGGAGAAGUCUCCGAUAAUUCAAAGAAUGUUUGUGACCCAGAGAUGAAUGUGUGAGAGGCUCGGCUCAAUAAUGUGACUUCCUGUCACGGUAAGAAAACAGGCGGUUAAAUAUUUGAUGACUGUGUGAGGACCUUUCUCUGUCCGGACAGUUAGACUUGCCGUUUAGCUAUUGUCUUUAGGUGCAAUAGCUAAACGGGUGCCCCCCCCCCCCCCAGACUGGGUGGGUGGGUCUGUAGUAGGCCUGCACGAUAUAUCGCUUAAGCAUCGUCAUCGCGAUGUACGUGUGCGCGAUAGUCACAUCGCAGAGCCUGCGAUGUCGAAGGCGAAUGAACUCAGUUAAUUUCAAGGGUAACUGACUGAGAUACACUGCAUGUGACUCUGCAUGUGCUUUGCAGCGAUCCACCAAUCACCUUUGUUCUUUACUCAGUUGCCAAUCAGACUACCCUGCCAGCUGUCAAUCAAAAUCAGAGAGGAGGAAACCCACCCCUGCACAUGUCCUGCACAUGGAGGGAGUCGCUACCGGAGUUGAGCCGAGAAACGUGUACGCUGAGAAUUACUUUCAGAACAUUACUCAUCACUGUUUAGCCCAACAAAUAAGAACUGUAUGGGUUUUAAAUUGUACAUUUCCGUGGACCACUCUACUAUAAGCAGUGCGCGUUUUGUGAGGUGCAUGCAAUUCUCGGAGGACAUGCGUUUCUCAGCACAACCCCGGUGGUAACAACAACAACGAUCGCAAACUGAGCAACAAACAGAGAAAACCACCGAAGAUGAAGACUUGUUGCCAAAAAGAAAAGGAAAGUCAAUUAUCUGGAAUUAUUUCGGUUAAAAGAAGGAUGAUGUCGACCAAAACACGUGUUCUGUGUUCACCUGUUGCCACAAUAACGUCCCAGCACAAUAAAAGCUAAAAAUAUCUCUGAGACAGACAGAAGCCACUCGACUAACAUUCACAAAAAGAGGUACGAACAGUGCAGGUUAACUGUCCUCAAGAUUUCAGCAGUGCAGCAUAACAUUAAGUGCUAUUCAGGUCAUCUGGUGAAAAUUCCUCUAUUUUUUAAUAUCGCAAUAUAUAUCGCAGGGUUGAAAAAAAUCGCAAUGUUAGUUUUUUCCAAUAUCGUGCAGCCUAAGUCUGUAGUAGGGCCCGACCGAUCUAUCGGGGAGCCGAUGAAAUCAGCCAGUUUUAGCCCGUUUGAGACUUAUCGGUAAUCAGCCAAAACUCGCUGAUUUUCGCCGAUAUUUUCAGAAAUAAAAUUUGGGGAGUAAGAUUCGGUUUCACUUUGAAAAUGUUCCGCCAUAUGAAAUGUUUCCCGACUUAUCCUAUAGAUGGCGCAGCAACCUCAUGACAAUCUUCAUCCACGAACUGCCUCACAGCAGUGGGGUAGUUAAAAAUGCUUUUCUGGUCUGAGUUUGAUUAGUCAGUCUUCCUGUUGGCGUGAAGAGCAGUAGCCUACAGUAUAUGUACGGUAUAUAUAUUUUCUAUAACUAAAUAAAAACUUUAAAAAAUUGGCCAAUUAAUCAGUAAUCAGAUUUUUAUCCCCCCUUAUAAUUGGUAUCGGCAUCGGCCCCAAAACAUCCAUAUCGGUCGGGCCCUAGUCUGUAGACCCGGUGAGACCUCUGAUUUCAGUCGUUAAAAACACUGAUGGCAUCUAGCGCUCCAGAGAGCUCGCUGUAAACCCGAGGAUAAGCGUUCAGUGGGCGGUCCAUCCCUUUUGCUGCAGCUAGCCUUGGUGUAGAAUCACCAACUGUUUCAUCGGCGGUGUCUGAUGGAAUUGAACGCUCCUCUGUAACUCUAAAAACUUGCCGCUGUGACUCGUCUGUGCGAUCACACAGACCGGAGACUGAGAAUUUACACUAACCAAUCAAAUGACGUCAUGAUCGGCGGCACAACAAAAAUGGUGUCGGCCGUGAUCAGGAAGUGAGUUUUUAAGGAUUGUUACAUUUGUUUCUGCUGUUUAAAGUGUGUGUGUGUGUGUGUUUGUGUUUGUUCAGCUGCUCCAUCAUGGCCUCCAGUGCGGUCUACUCCCCGACCACAGAGUCUCAUCCUAAGUCCUCCUGGUGCUUGGUCCCCUCAGAUCACCUGGAUACUUCGCGCUUUGGGCUCAAAGUUGUCCAAGUGGUGAGUUCAAGGGCCCUCUGUUUUUUUCAUCAUCACUCGGUCCUCACUGUCUCUGAUCUUUUAUAAUCGUCACACGGUCCUCACUGUCUCUGAUCUUCGUCCUCAUCACUCGGUCCUCACCGUCCCUGUUUUUCGUCCUCAUCACUCGGUCCUCACCGUCUCUGAUCUUCGUCCUCAUCACUCGGUCCUUACCGUCUCUGAUCUUCACCCUCAUCGCUCUGUCCUCACCGUCUCUGAUCUCUUUUUUUUUUUUUUUUUUUUACUAAUUUAUUAGGAGGUUCACAUUACAAAACAGCGUAUAAAAAAGAUGCAUAAAAAACCUCACACAUCAUGUAUAUACAAAUAGAUGGAGUGUAUACAUACAGAGGAAAGAGAGAAAAAGAGAAUAUAGGUAACCUUUUUCUUUAUGUUCAGUCCAACAACCACAAUAAGUUUGCCCAGGUUUCGUUACCUCUAGACUCAUCCACCAAAAGGUCAAUUUUUAUUCUUGACCUCAGCGCCGAAAGAAAGACAGAUACCCUGUCUGCUGUAGAAAACCAUUGUUGAUCAUCUUUAUAUCUCAUCCAGAUUUUAAAUAUGGACAGUUUUGCUUUUGCUAGAGUCAGAUUUGUACAAUAUCUGUUACUUGCUGAUGUGCUGAGACCCAAAAUAAUAUUUGACAGUUCUACUCUAAAAGGUGAUAUUGAGCUGAGACAUAAGUGCAGAAACCUGGUUCCAAAAGCCACCCAGACAACGACAUGAAACAAACAUAUGUUCUGUGUCUUCUUUUACCAAACAAACAGCACAUAGAGGAGUGGGGACCAGCUUCCAUUUAUACAGGUUUGACAUAUUUGGAAGAAUUCCAUGUAAUAUUUUGAAAUUGAAUUCGGCCAAUUUCCUAUCUGGAGAUAAUUUUAUUGUUUGUCUCUGCCACACAUUGCAUCACAGGAUGUUGUUUGUUUGGUCAGCUAGUGCAGCAUCCCAAUAUGUCUGCAUAUAUGAUGUCUUUAUUUUUUCUUUUAACAACAGCUUAUAGCUUAUCUUGCAAGUAUAGCCUGUCAGAACAAUGUGUGCAUCAGUAUUGUUAUUUCUUAAUGUUAUACUGUUGUUCAGAAGUGGGAGCCAUUUUUGGGGGAUUGCCUUUCUGAUGAUACAUAAUUCGCUAAUUUCUCUUAUCCAGUUUUUAAGCUUUGGUUUUUCCUUUACAGAUAGAUCUUUAAGAUAAAUUAUGCCUGAGUCAAUCCAAUGUUUAUAGAAAAGGGACUGCCCUCUAGAGUCUGUUAAAAAGGCAGAUCCCCAGAUGAUAUGGUUUCCGACUUCAUCUGCUGUACACUGUUCCUUCACAAAACCACCUCCUGCUUUGUGCCAGCUUUGAGUAAUGCCUUGAUAAAAAGUGGGAAUUCCUGUCAAAUCUGGGCUGUGUUUUUUUUCUUUAAAGUGCAUUCUUAAGAUAAGGAAAUCUUUACCUGGUCUAUUUAAAUACAAUUUUGGUAGCAGUUUCCAAUCUCCUGAUGAUGUAUCCACGAUGCGCUUUACCCAGCCAGCAUGAAGUGCUUCUAUAUGAGAUUGAAUAUCUAACAUUUUUAUACCCCCUGUAUUAUAAUCUCCAAAAAUAACAGAUAUUUUGAUUUUAUCUCUCUUUCCAGACCAGAGAAAGUAAAAAAAAAAAAGUAUUCAGCCUGACAGUCACAUUAUUUGGCACAUCACACACAGUAGCCCAGUACAGAAUUUUAGCUGCAAUCAAUGAUUUCAGAAUAGUUACUUUGCCAUAUAAUGUGAGAUUCCUUUGUCUCCAUAGAUUUGAAGCAUUUUCUAUAUUAUUGAUUUUCUCAUUCCAUUGGUUCGUCUCACAUGGAAGUUUGUUGUACCCAAAAUAUACACCAAGUGAUUUUACAGGACCAGUUGGCCACCUUAUUCCACUGAUAUCUUUUCGCCUAAGUUUCCAGCAACUAACCCAAAUUGCUUCGGUUUUCUCCAAGUUCAAUUCAGGGCCUGCAACUUUGCCAAAAGAUGAUAUCAUUUCUAGUGCUGUAGUUAGUGACCUUUCAUCACCGAGCAGUAGAGUAGUAUCAUCUGCUACUUGUGAGGUUUUAACCUCAUGGGUAGCACUUCCAUCUGACAAAUUGAUAGCUUUGAUGUUUUCACUAAGUGGAAAUGCUGAUUAAGCAUUUGCACUUAUUGUUAUUCUCCUAUUUCUUUAUUAUUAAAUGGAAAUGCUGAUUAAGCAUUUCCACUUAUUGUUAUUCUCAUGUUUCUUUAUUUAAGUGGAAAUGCUGAUUAGGCAUUUCCACUUAUUGUUAUUCUGCUAUUUCUUUAUUAAGUGGAAAUGCUGAUUAAGCAUUUCCACUUAUUGUUAUUCCUGUCGGCCAUUUUUUCUUCAUUAUUAUUAUUAUUCUUCCGCCGUUUUUUGUCCGCUUUCUCCUCCUUCAUACUUAGUGCGAUUUCAACCAUUCAAACUUUAUACUAUUCCUCUCCUUAAGGACUUUAGGGCUAUUACUUUUCUCAUUUCUAACCUUUAUACUUUUUUUUUUUUUUAAACUUUUUGUGCCAAAAUUUUAACAUUGAAGUCAAUGGGGAAAUCUUCCAAUUCUUCCUUUUAUUCUUCCACCUUCUAAGCCUUAUAACUUCAGCAUACUUUCACCAAGAGGCUUUUCACGUUGUUGUGAUAUCUUUUACAGUAGAGUCGUGUGGUGAUGCUGAUUAAGCAUUUCCACUUAUUGUUAUCCUCCUGUUUCUUUAUUAUUAUUAUUAUUAUUAUUAUUAUUAUUACGUACCUUUUUUUGCAACUUUUCAACUCCUUCAUACUUUGUCCUAUUUCAACCGUUCAACUUUUAAACUAUCCCUCUCCUUCAGGACCAUAUGAGACACAUGAAACCAGGCUCAGUACACAGAGCAAUUCGGCUCUAUCUCCUACCACAAACUUUGACCUACAGAAACCAUUCAGGGCUCCAAAAAUUCAGCUCAUUGAGGACAUUAUGGGUGUAUUCAGGAUGUAUAUUCAUUUAACUUUUCCCCACUUUAAAAUUAUUCUCAUUAUGCAUGCAUUAUUAAAUUCUUCAGACAAAUCCAAACUCAUUCAAACUGAUUCAAACCUUUCUGAUACUUCAAACCUGUUUAACACUUUAGGACUUCUAAUUAUUUGAAAUUUUUUCCAUUUCAAAAUCAUUCUCAUUAUUUAUGUAUGUUUUAAUUCUUCAAACAAAUCCCAGUUUUACCACUACAAUUACUACUUAUAUCACUUUAACUUGUAUCUUCACUUCUACCUCCACUACUCUUGCUUCUCUUAAUUUUUUUUCACUUCUGCUGUUACUUCUACCACGAGCUCUACUGCUUUGACUUCUACUUCUUCUAUUCUAAAACUACUUUUACUGCUUACAUGACUACUGUAGCCUUAUUUAGCAUGAAUGCAAUUUUAAUUGUUGAAGCACAUUCAUACUAUUUGUACUUAGGCAAUUUUCACUUUCAUCCAAUUUCUACUCCUCUUUCUCCAGCCCUUUAACCAAUUUUACAUUUAAACCUUCCUCCAUUUUUUUUUAGCAGUUUUGCAUUGCUUUUUCAGCUUUCAGCACUCAGCAUUUCCACGCAUUUUCUGCAAGGAAAUGCAAUUUUUCUUGUUAAGUGGAAAUGCUGAUUAAGCAUUUGCACUUAUUGUUCUUCCCGUCGGCCAUUUUCUUUAUUAUUGAUAUGUUAUUCAUAUCUUUAUUAUUUUUGAGUGGGAUUGCAAAGCAUUCCCACUAUAUGUUAUUCAUAUCUUUAUUAUUAUUGAGUGGGAUUGCAAAGCAUUCCCACUAUUUGUUAUUCAUAUCUUUAUUAUUGAGUUGGAUUGCGAAGCAUUCCCACUAUAUGUUAUUCAAAUCUUUAUUUUUAUUAUUAUUAUUGCGCCGUUUUUUGGCCCUCAACUACUUCCACAUACUUCAACAUAUUCAAACUAUUCAAACUUCAAAAUGUUCCUCUGAUUGAGGAGAUUCCAGCUUGUAUUUAAAGUUUUCCUAACAUUCAUACUUUCCUAGAUAUUCCCGGUUUUCCGAGCGAUUUCUCCCAUUAGAAAUGCAUUGAGAAUUUUCAAAAUGGCCCCUUUUCUCACAAUUCUUCCCACAACUUCAAAAGCCUUCAACUCAGUUAUCUUCAUGGUCUUGUGGUUGAGUGGUUAAGCAGCGGGUUCUUCCUCAGUGGACACGGGUUCUUCCUCAGUGGACACGAGUUCAAAUCCCGACAAGGGAACAAUUGUUUCAUAUCCGGGUUUCGCAAUAGCAGCUUAGCGAUAGCAAUUCAGCUGAAGCAAUCCCACUCAAAAUUUCUUCAGAAAUUUCAUUUUCUAGUUGAGUGGGAUUGCAAAGCAUUCCCACAAUAUGUUAUUCAAAUCUUUAUUUUUAUUGAGUGGGAUUGCGAAGCAUUCCCACUAUAUGUUAUUCAAAUCUUUAUUUUUAUUAUUAUUAUUGCGCCGUUUUUUGGCCCUCAACUACUUCCACAUACUUCAACAUAUUCAAACCAUUCAAACUUCAAAAUGUUCCUCUGAUUGAGGAGAUUCCGGCUUGUGUUCAAAAUUUUCCUAACAUUCAUAUUUCCGAGAUAUUCCCGAUUUUCCGAGUGAUUUCUCUCAUUAGAAAUGCAUUGAGAAUUUUCAAAAUGGCUGCUUUUCUCACAUUUCUUCCCACAACUUCAAAAGCCUUCAACUCGGUUUUCUUCACGGUUUCGUAGUUGAGUGGUUAAGCAUUGGGUUCUACCUCAGUGGUCGCGAGUUCGAAUCCCAGCUUCAACAGCCUUCAACUCCUCUAUACUUCCAUGUAGAAACUUCAUUCAAAAACCAAAAUAUUCACAAAUUCGUCAGCAUUAUUCCACAUCUUCAACAUUUUUAAUCCCAUUUGUACUUUUCAAAAUAUUAAGAUUUGUUUAAAACUUAAUAUAUAAUAAUGGCAGUCAAUGGGAAAAGGCUUUCAGACGUAGUCAAAUUCAACCUCUUCUCAUUCAUUCAUACUUUCACCUAGAAACUUAAUUCAAACUUUAAAAUAUUCACACAUCUUCAGACAUUCACUCACUCAUUCACCAUCUUCAUGGCAUUCAUACUUUUCUCACAGUGACAGUUCAAAAAUUCACAGGAUUUUCUGACCUCUUCAGGUUUUAACAUUAGUGUGUAUUGCACGGAAUGUUGGCCGCUAGAGUGGGACCUCACAGCUAGAGUGAGACAGGCUGAAAAUUGAUCCUAUAUGUGUCCUGCUUCUCACAAAAGGGGUUUCAAAUCAGUAAAUCCUACCCCUUGGCCAGCAGGUGACCAACUGUCCAAAUAGGCGGAAAUCUCUCCCAUUAACCCUAAUGUAUUUUUUCUCCCAGAAAAUCCUGAUGAUCACUCAGGCUCAGACUUUUUAAACUCGCUGUUGUGGCCACAUUUUUUAGAGUACAGACAUGAAAAACACAUCAUUGUGUUCAUGAAGGGCGGAGGAUUCGUACGAUGUUCUUAUUUUCAUUCUGGGAUUUAAGGAAAUCACGCUAUGUGAAGAAGUUCAGAGGCCCUAAAUUCACUGCAGUCAGGCAGUUUCUCAUUCAAACAGUAGGUCAGUUAAUGCCUUUGAUCUCACAGCUGUAAAGGAUGCAAUCAUUAAUGAGACACACACACACACAGUCUGACAAUGUGUGUGCGUGUGUGUCUCUGUCUAUAAGACCUGAAUGUACACACAGUUAAUAUGUGUCUGCUUCACCACCUAUCUCCACCCACAAACUUUGAGCUACAGAAACCAUUCUGGGCUUCAAAAAUUCAGCUUAUUGAGGACAUUAUGGGGUGUUUUUUUAAUUUAAAUAAUUAAUUAAUUAUAAUUAAUUAAUUGUAUCAAUAUGUUCAGCAGAGUCGUGGGGUUCUCACAAGUUUCUUGUCAUGAAUGUAGCCGUUACAGAGAAUGAGCAUCAGGGCAUAGUUUUGGAUUUUGUUUCUCAUCUUCAAACCUUCUUUCUCCUGCUGUAGUGAUGCAUCUACGGUCCCCAUGGCAACCAAUUAGUGCACCUGGAGACACAGCUGACUGGAAAGCUGCUUUUAAUGGCCAUAUGAGACACAUGAAGCCAGGCUCAGUACACAUAGCACUGGGGGUGACAUUUAAAACCUUUUACUAGAGCACUUGACAAAAUUCGGCCCCUAUCUCCUUCCAUGAACUUUAACCUACAGAAACCAUUCAGGGCUUCAAAAUUUAAGCUCAUUGAGGACAUAAUGGGGUGUAUUCAGGAUUUUUAUUCAUUUAAAUUUUUCACAGUUUAAAGUCACUCAGUGAUGAUUUAUCAUUUAAUUUUUCAAACUAAUUUAAACUCAUUCAACUAAUAAUAAUAAUAAGAAUACAUUUUAUUUGAAGCGCCUUUCACGUCACUCAAGGACACUUUACAGAACAUAUAAAACAAUAAUAAAACACUAUUAACAAUUAAAAUCAUCAAUCAUCAAAACAGUUAAAAUCAACAAAGCAACAUUAAGACAUGAACAACAGCAAAGGAAUAAAUAAAGAAAUGAAUAAUAGCAAUUGAAAUUUAAUUUUAAAAAGUGAGUUAGGGGUGGUGGGAGGGAUAGGCCAGUUUAAACAGGUGUGUCUUGAGUUUGGACUUGAAGAGGGGGGGGGAGUCUAUGUUGCGGAUGUGUGAUGGUAAAGAGUUCCAGAAUCGGGGGGCAGAGCGACUGAAAGCUCUGCCCCCCAUGGUGCUGAGGUGAACAGGGGGCACAGUGAGGUGGAGAGAGGAAGAGGAACAGAGGCGGCGUGAUGGAGUGGCGAUGUGGAGGAGGUCAGACAGGUAAGGAGGGGCGAGGUUGUGGAUGGCUUUAAAGGUAUACAGUAGGAUUUUGAACUGGAUUCUAAGUGGGACCGGGAGCCAAUGGAGUUGCUGUAGGAUGGGGCUGAUGUGGUGGGACGAAGGGGUUUUGGUGAUGAUCCGGGCAGCGGAGUUGUGGACCAGUUGAAGUUUAUGGAGAGACGUGUGAGGGAGACAACUACUGCUAAUGUCAAUUAAACUAGUACUUUCCCCUCUACUUUAACUGCUAUUGCUCCUAUUUCUACUUUCUCUACUGCUGCUAUUGCUACUUUUUACUUUACUUUAUUACUACUCAGCAUUUCCAUGCAUUUUCUGCAAGGAAAUGCAAUUUUUCUAGUUUUGAUUUAUAUACAGUGCUAGAAUUUCCAUGGCAAAAAGAAAUAAGAUUGCGGACAAAGGGCAACCUUGCCUAAUUCUCCGACUAAGGUCAAAGAAUUCUGAUGUCUAUCCGUUGUUGACUACUGCACUACUACAGUUUGUAUGAAUUGUUUGAAUCCAUCUUAGAAACAUACUCUUAAAGUUGAAUUUCUUUAGUGCUUUAAAUAAAAAGACCCACUCUACACUAUUAAAUGCCUUUUGAAAUUCUAGAAAGAGAACUAUACCAGGAAUUUGCAUUUCAUCUGUAUGGCCAAUAGCAUACGUAAUAAGGCGUACGUUUUGUCCAAUGAAUCUGCCUUUUACAUAGGCAGUUUGAUUCUCAUUGAUUAGGUAUGGUAACUGUGGCUUUAACCUAUUGGCUAGCACAAGGGCAAGUAUUUUAAAAUCUGUGUUUACAAGACUUAUAGGUCUUCAGUUAUCUAAUAGUUGGUUGUCUCCUUUUUUAUAAAGUAAUUUCAAAAUGGCUCUUUUAUGGGAGUCUGCUAGCUGUUCAUGUGCAAGACCUUCCCUGAUUGAAUUAGUAACAAACACUCCUACAAUAUCCCAAUAGCAAUGAUACAAUUCUGAUGUAAUUCCAUCAGUACCUGGGGCCUCAUGUAUCAACACUUGCGUGGGACUCAUACCAGAAACGAGCGCACGCAAGGUCCGUCACGCUGAAAAAAAUCCGUAUGUAUCAAGGUGUGCGGGCGCCAAAAGCCAAGUGUGUUUCCUUGAUAAAUCCCAAUCAGCUUGGAAUUGAGCGCAGAUGUCGGAGUGACCGGGCCCGUCCCCGUUACGCCCUCCUAUAAAUAUGCAGAUUUAUUUAAAUAGGGUCUCCCUGUCCUCGCACGCAGACAAAAUGACAAGAAAAAUGAAAUUUACGGCGUGCGAGGUGGCGGUGCUGGUGGCGGAGGUGGAGGAGCGACAGCGUGUUUUGUUCGGCAGCCUGUCCAGUGGCGUCAGUGCAAAACGAAAACGCUUGGAGUGGGAGACAGUUUGCGAGAGGCUGAACUCGGUGGGUUCCGAGACACGCACCCCCGCGGAGAUUAAAAAAAAGUGGUCGGACCGGAGGAGUACCGGCCAGACAGGUGGGGUUCCGGGGGAGGAGACCCUCACGCCGUUUGAGCAGCGGGUGGUGGCGGCGAUUAUUAUUAUAGGGUAAGUGGCGUGUCACACAAAUGUCCACAUGCUUUGCCAUCCCACUGAGCAAAAGACGUAUAUUAGACAUCUAGUCUAAGUUUAUACUUCAUUUCAACGUUGGGAUUCAGUCUAUUUUUAGACGUGAUUUAUACUUCGCCCUUAACUUCAUUUUUCUUUCAACUUUUUAUGCAAUAAACAACUGUAAUGUGCAUAACUGACCUCUAAAUACUGGAUUACAUUACCUAUGAUACCGUGGAGAGAGAUGUAAACGCUACAGAUACACAGAAGCAAGAAGAAUUGAAAUGAACCAAUAUUUUUAUUGUGUCACAGAAAUCAAUGUGUCGGCCGUGUCGCCGGCUUGCGGAACCCUGGCCCGUGGCAGCCCGUCCGCCGGCUCGGAGUCGUCGAAAACCGAAAACCCUUUAUUCACCAGGGGUUCAUCUAGUAGCUGUUUUGCUUCCUCAGAUACAGUAUGGUCUAUGUUUAUAAUUCUCAGAAAACAAUCUACCCUUUCGGGAUUUACCACACGUGUUUUAUAGAGCUGCUGAUAGAACUUCCUAGCUUCACAGAGGAUGUCAGCAGUGUGGCAGAAUACUUCACUACCAACUCUCAGGCUACUUAUAGUAUGCUUUUUGUUGUUUGAUUUCUCUAAAUUGAGGAAAUACUUCGUGGAUUUUUCUCCGUCAACAUAGUGUUUCACUUUUGAACGAAUCUUCAGUGUAAUAUGCAUAUAAUUGGUCUAGCUGGUUUUUUUGCUUCAUCAUAUUUUUCCAUGUUUUCCCUAUUUGGUUCAUGAUCUACUUUUCUUUCUAAGUCACGGAGACUGUUUUCUAAGGUAGUCAAGCGUUCAGCUGUAAUUCUAGCUUUAUUCUGACAAUAUUUUUUAGUUUUUUCCUUAAUCCUAAUUUUACACAGAUCCCAAAAUGUUCUAUGAUCUUGACCACUGAAAUCAUUUUGGCAUUCCUCAAUAAUUGUGAUCAGAGUAUUCCUAUACAUUUUGUCUUCACAGAGGCUGUUGUUAAAGUGCCAAGUACCUGGGCCUCGAAUUGAGUGCUCCAGUGUUAUUGUCAACAUAAUAGCCUGGUGAUCUGUUCUUAUAGCAGCUUUCAUUUCUGCAUUUACCACAUUCUGUUCUAAGUCUUGAUGAAUUAGAAAGAAAUCCAAUCUACAAGCUGUUUCUGGAUUCUUACGUCUCCAUGUAAACUGCUUUAGCCCUGGAUAUUUCUCUCUCCAUACAUCAUAUAGUUGGAAGUUUUUUCACAAAUUUCCAAUUACCUCAGCUGCUUUACGAUAAUACACUGGUGAGUGGGUUAUAGGGGGGCUUUUAUCCAUCUCCAAAUUCAAGACAGUGUUGCCCACCUAUAAUUAUGUUAUGUAUGUCAAUACCAGUAAGCCACCUGGACAGUUCAUUUAAAAAGAUGAUCCUAUCGCCACACACAUUAGGGGCAUAAAUGUUAAGAAAUGAAUAUGCUUUGUUGGCAAUCUUACAAUUGACACAUAUAUUUCUCCCAAGAUCAUGCUUAAACUCUUUCAAUUCGAUAUUGUUCAGUUUAGGGUAGAAUAGAAUACUUAUACCCCUCCUGUGGUUUGUUCCAAUAUUAUGCACAGCUUUCCCUCUCCAUUCCUUAUUCACUUUUGCAAUUAGAUCAUUAGUAAAAAAUGUUUCUUGUAGCAUUAUAAUACUUGCAUGUUGUUUACUGAUCCAAGAAAAAACUUGGGCUCUUCUAUCAUUAUUUUGAAGCCCCCUAACAUUCAGGGAGAGGACACACAGUCUGUCCAAAGCCAUAUUUAAGUGAAAAAGAAAUUAUACCCUUAUAGAAUAUCUAUGUUAAAAGUAUAACCAUGAUAAAAAUAUGUAUCAUGAGUGUGCUUUUUCCACAGUAAUCAAUUUUUUACCCUCUUUAAUCAUGGGAAGAGUCCUCCAGGUUUUCUCCUGGCUCCCUCUCCAUCCAUUCCUUUUUCUCCUUCACCAUCUGGGCUGCUGAUGGUGCCUGGUGCUUCAGCUGCCUCCUGAUGGCCAGUGCCUACUAUGUCCACCUUCUUCUUCACUGGUGAAGUUGUUCCAGAUUCUGAACUUGGUGACGUCACUUCCCUAGGCCUCUUGGUCUGCAGGAGUGAUACUGUUUGGAAGUAAGAUUUAAUUGAUGAUGUAUCCACAUUUGUUACUCUUCCAAGUGAGUUUGACCACCCAGGGUUCAUCUUGUUGGUAUCUUUGGAUCUCACUUUCACACAGUUUAUGGGUGUGUUUUCAUUUACCUCAGUUGCUUCCUUGAUUUCCUUUUUCUUUUUUCUUUUUCUUGUGUUUAUUUUUCUUCUUGGUUGCGGUGUUUGUAGCUGCAGUAAGGUCUUCAGCACUGACAUCUCCAGACUCAUCACUCAUUACUCAAGUGAUGUUCUCCGUUUCAGCGUCAACUGCUUCUGGUUCAGCUGACCCUGUAGCAUGCAAGGUGAUGUUCUCCAUCUCAGAGUCCACUGUUUUCAGUCUCUGAUCUUUGUAAUCAUCACUCGGCCCUCCUGAGAAAACUUUAGAAACAAACAGAAAAUUCCUUUAAGAGAAAAUUAACCCUUUACAGCCCCCUCAUCAGGCCCUCUGCACAUGCUCAUUAGUGUCUUUCCUGUUAGCUGUUAAGAGUUAAUAUCAUGACAGUGCUCCUCCCCCAAAAAUGGCUGACAGUCAGGUGUCAGCAGGUUUAACUCUUCUGCAGGAUAAACAGUCAGUAUGGAGAGCAAAAGCAGGAGGAGCUCAGUCCUCUAUUAGGACCUCCAUCAGGACCUCCUGCUUCCAUGGUUGGAGAUCUGAGGAGGGUUUCUCUCUUUGCAUGAAGGUUAGCGAACAACCAAACAACUAAACCGAGACUCUGACCUGAGGGAGGAAACCAGAGAGAAGAGAGACGAUAAACAGAGAAACUGAGGCUCUGACUGUUUACAGAGAAACUGAGACCCUCCUGGAGGUUUUUCUAACCUAAAGUCUGACAGAGUCGAUGUUUCAGAAGGUCUUUGUCUUAAAUUCUGAUCUGAAUUAGUGGAAAAGUCAUCAGUUGCUCCUCAAAGUUUGUUUUGAUCAUUUUUAGAAGAUGAAUCCCGAGAACUGAGCGGACCGUCGGGAACUUUAAAGUUUACAGGAGAUAAAAAGUGAAAGAGUGAAAGGAUCACUCUGUCAUUCAAGAGGAGUCAAAAGUCACCUGAUGGUGGUGGACCUGAAGCCUCUGAAGGAUCUAAAUUAGGGCUGGGCGAUAUGAGAAAAAGUUUAUCAUGAUACAUUUUGUUCAUAUCAGUCGAUAUCAAUAUCAGGGUUUAAAAAAUGAAAUGUAACAGUGUUUAUUGGUCGCAUGUCUUUUGCAAUACAAUGUCUUUUGCAAUGUGAGGUCUUUGCUACUUGGUUCUAAUUCAGCACAUGAUUGGUUCAGCGUGAAGUGGACCUGGAGUAACUCCCCUUUUCAUUGGCUAUUCAUCGGCCUGUCACGAUAACAAAUUUUGCUGGACGAUAAUUGUGUUACAAAUUAUUGCCGAUAAAUGAUAUUAUUGAUACCGUUUUUUAAAUUAUAGAUAAUGGUAAUAUAUGGCAUAAUAAUGCGAGUACACCAUGUCAAAAGCAAUAAACUGUAAUUGCUCAAGAUUAAGAACUUUGAAUUUGGAUGAACAAAUGUAAUAAACAAACAAGACAACCAAAAAACUGGUAUGGAACAAAAAGUUCACUCCACACAUAACUAUUAAAAAAAUAAAUAAAGUGGAGUCUCGAGUCUGUAAACAAAAUUGCACUAAAUAAUUAGCUUUGGGUGCUAUUCCUCAACAGGUUAACAAAGAACAUGCAUGCGCACCUCAAGCACAAUCCUCCCCGUGGAUGAUUGUGCUUGAGAUGCACAUGCAUGUUCGUCGUAUUCCCCUUCUUUGUCACCAAAACUUUCGAACAAAUGCGACAUAUCGUCCGUGUUCGUGGGCUCACCUCUUUCAUUUUAUUUGAAACCGAAAUGUUCCCACACUGGGGCUGUUGCGUUGGGCUUAGACACCAAAGCUGUCGUUUCAACAUUCAUUGCGUUUGCUCCGCACUGUGUCAGUAAGUCUGUGUGUGUGUGUGUGUCUGUGUGCAUGUGUGCGCCAGCGCGCGUGACAAAGAGACUGAAUGACUGACAGGAGGGUUCACUCACCGCGUUCAUUCUGCUAUAGAGCCAACGCACCCAGGUGUCGAGAAAAAUGCGCAGAGUGAGACCUCUUCUCUCAUCCAGCGUGUUUGGUAGCGAGAGAGGAGGAAAACAAACGCACGUUAAUUAUCGAGGCUGGCAAAAUUACCGACCUCGUUUUUAUUUACCGAGCGAUUAGGCGAUUUAUUGAUUAUCGCGACAGGCCUAGCUAGUGCUGGGCGAUAGGACGAUAGAUAUCGUGGGCACGAUAGAAAAUGUCUAUCGUGCCAUUUUUAUUUUUAUCGUUUCGGGCGAUAGGCUGUAUUUUAUCCAUAGGGCUUGUGCCAUCAGAUGAUUCAUAGUAACAACAACAAUAACUGCACAUUCAGUAAGUGUAUUUGGUGUCAAACGGGAAAGAAAACAAUAUUUUCUUACAAAGAAAAGGAUGUGUUGACAUGUAGGCUUGCAUUUCUCUUUCGAUUUUGCGACGUGACGCCGCUUUACGUGCUCUCUUCGUGUCCAGCGUCUCCCGCCGUUGCGGGUUACCUGGGUUACACACGUGAGGGGAUCAUUGUAAGCAGUGCUUAAUUUGUGCCGGAGCAAGUCGGAGCGCGCUCCGGGACCUCUUUUGAUCGGACCCAGGACCUAUUUCAGCCGCUCCGGCACCUGUUUCAUCUGCUCCGGGACCUUCCCUGUAGAGGAUGACAUUUUUCGGGAACUCCCGUGGGUCACGUGAUUCCCGCGGGAAUCCCACGGGAUGGGAGUCGUUUUUUAAUUAAUCCCUUGAUCGGGACGGAACAGGAAAAAAAGCAACGGGAGUGGGCAGGAGCGGGAACAACAUUAAAGGAUGAUCAUUUUCAGCCGUGUUCAACAACCAGAUGAACAGGUGCGUCCAUUUUUGUAGUCAUCUCUCAGUGAGAGCCAACACUCUUGACCGCGCUAGCAACACAAAAGAACUACAACAGUGGUUUGACUUCCUGUCAGCUGGGAGCGCGGCUGCGCAUUUGUACUCUUCAAGCCAGCAGCGAGGAAACGUAAUUUUGUGACAUUCUGUAGUUUUUCAAUCAUUUCUGGAGUCGUGGCGAAUCAAAUCACCUUACCUGUCUGCCCCUGAUAGGCGAAUAAAGCGCUCGGAUUCAUGCUCGGGUCUUGCUACGUGCUUCAAGAGUAAAGUAAACAAUGAUGGAGGCAGAGAGCAGCUUUGGAGGAGAAACAUCCAGCAGUGUGAACAACCUCUUCAGAAGAGCCCUAAAGACCUACCUUUUUAAUAAAGCCUUUGGUUAGUUUUCCUCUAUGCUUUAUGCUUUUACUACCUUGCCUCUUACAUCGCAACUCUAUAUUUUUUAUUUUUUUAAAUUCUUUUUUUAUGCCAAUCUGUGACUGUCAUUCUAUUGCUUUUUUAUUGUUGCUGCUCUUUUUUUACUGUGUACUGUAGCACUUUGAGAUUUUUUGUAAAUGUAAAGUGCAUUACAAAUUAAAUUUAUUAUUAUUAUUAUGGAGUGCUUUGGCUCACACUAUCGGCGUUUUCUGUGAGUGUUGCAUAACUUUGGGUGAGCACAGACAUGAACGCACUUCAGCCACGUACUUAUUUAUUCAUUUUGCUAGUUUUAAGUGCUGGUCUUGUACUGGUACUGUACUAGUGCAGCUGUAUACACUUAAAUUUUUCAUAGAACUGAAAGCAUACCAUAGCUAUAUCAUGAUAUUUAUCGUUAUCGUGAUAUAAAAUGAUCCAUAUCGUGAUAUACAUUUUUUUCCAUAUCGCCCAGCACUAGGCCUAGCUAUUCAUAUAGUCUACCAAAACUUGUCAGAAUGCCUGUUAGAAAGUCCAUGUUGUUUUCAGUGUUUUUAAGUAGGCCUGCACGAUAUAUCGUUUGAGCAUCGUCAUCGCGAUGUACGUGUGUGCGAUAGUCACAUCGCAGAGCCUGCAAUGUCGGAGGUGAAUGAACUCAGUUAAUUUCAAGGGUAGCUGACUGAGAUACACUGCAUGUGACUCUGCAUGUGCUGUGCAGCGAUCCACCAAUCACCUUUGUCCUUUACUCAGUUGCCAAUCAGACUCAGUUCUCAGUUGCCAAUCAGACUACCCUGCCAGCUGUCAAUCAAAAUCAGAGAGGAGGAAACCCACCCCUGCACAUGUUCUGCACAUGGAGUUACUCGCUGGCUGCUGGUGUUGAGCCGAGAAACGCGUGUCCACUGAGAAUUACUUUCGGAACUUUACUCAUGACUGUUAAGCCCAACAAAUAAGAACUGUAUGGGUUUUAAAAUGUAUAUUUCCGUGGACCACUCUACCAUAAGCGGUGCGCGUUUUGCGAGGUGCAUGCAGUUCUCGGAGGACAUGCGUUUCUCGGCACAACACCGCUAACAACAACAACAACGAUUGCAAACUGAGCAACGAACAAGAGAAAACCACCGAAAAUUAAGAUUUGUUGCCAAAAAGAAAAGGAAAGUCAGUUAUCUGGAAUUAUUUCGGUUAAAAGAAGGAUGAUGUCGACCGAAACACAUGUUCUGUGUUUAUCUGUCGCCACAAUAACGUCCCAGAACAAUGAAAGCUAAAAAUAUCUCUGAGACAGACAGAAGCCAUUCUACUGAUAUUCACAAAAAGAGGUAAGAUCAGAGCAGGUUAACUGUCCUCAAGACUUCAGCGGUGCAGCAUAACAUUAAAUGCUAUUCAGUUCAUCUGGUGAAAAUUCCUAUAUUUUUAAUAUCGCAAUAUAUAUCGCAGGGUUGAAAAAAAUCGCAAUGUUAGUUUUUUCCAAUAUCGUGCAGCCUUAUUUUUAAGUAAAUACCUUUCAGUUAUUUUGUGUUUUACAGUGAGUUUUCAUUUGUCCUAUGCUCCUGAACACACCGCACCUGUGUGUGAGAUGCUUCAGGUCUGAAAGUUUAGUUUUCCUCCUCAUGCAGCAGAGGAUAGUUGGUAAAUUUCCUCUUCACUGUUUUUACUCAAUACUUACAUCCAGGUUUAUUGUGUAUAAAUGUCAGAAGUGAGUUUGAUGAUGUUUCACUGUCGGAUGUCAUAUUGUGUUAUUGUUUAUUGUUUACUGUAAAUAUGUCUAAUGCUAUCUCAUGUUACUCCAUGUUCAUGUUCUGUACGGUGUGAGCUGGACUGAUUGAUGUUUUGUAUCUUUAUCAGCAGAACCACAGUCAAAUAAAUCCACUAAACUGGACAUCUGUAUCUGUGUCUAUUAACGAGGACACACUCACCGUACACCUUACCGCUCUAAACCAGAUAAAUCCUGGAGAACCAACUUUUCUCUUUUUUUAGUGACUAAUAUUGAAAAACCAUAUUGACCAUGUUUUAUAAUGAUACUGAGGAAAAUUAAAUUUCAAUAUACAUCGUUAUCAUUUCAUCGCCCAGCCCUACUUUAAAGGUAUAAACGGGUUUGCAGUCAAACAGCUGAUCAGGUAUUAUCACUAUGGAGUCGGACUGUAGGGACCAGGAUGGAUCCACACCAGGGACUCUGAGGAGUGUUUGAAGGAUGUGUGUGUGUGUGCGUGUGACCCCUCUCAGACCCCCUCCCAGGAAGUCUUGGAUGUGGAAGUGAAAGUCCUGCAGAGCUAACGUUAGCAGAUCUCAGAGCUGCUGUUGCAACACGGAGUGAACAGAUGUGUGUGUGUGUGUGUGUGUGUGUGUGUGUGUGUGUGUGUGUGUGUGUAAAGGGGGGGGCUAGAGCUGGAGUUUCCUGUUAUGAAACUCCAGCUGUGGUCCUGAUGUUCAGUUAGUCCUGAUGACUCACAGGCAGAGAGGAGGAAGUCUUCAGACACGAACACGAGGACUAACAGGGACUCAAAAAUCCUUUUCAGGUCUGGGAGGUCCAAGACUGAGGUUCAGUGGAUUCUUCAGCCCUCAGCUUAGUGUUUCUGAUCAAAAUAAAGUCAAGAAAAGAUCAGAACUGCAGACCUGUCCAAUCUCUCAGAGUCCAGUUUUCCGCAGAACUAUCUGGACCACCGGAUCAGGAGUCCAGGAGCUGAAAACGGGUCAGAGGGGGGCUGAUGCCCCAGACCGUCUAACCCCCAAUUUCCACCACAUCAUGAACGUCUACGAAAAGGUCGUAUCCUCCGAUCGUAACCAUUCAAGUCAACGUGUCAAUUUCCAGCGGCUUCUUUCCAUUCCCUUGUGGAUCGCCAGACUCCACCGCUGAUUGCAAGAGUUCUAUUUUUUCUGGACGCUGGAGUACACCGGAUAAAUACAGCACAGAUUAACUUGUGCUGGAAAGGAAGUCAGGGACAGACACAAAAUAAAACAUCCGGCUUCUUUCAAAAUAAAACACUGUGUUUCAGGAGGAUCGUAUUUCACAGCAUGCAAACGGGCGGAGACGACCAAAUGAUAGGUUUUUAGACGUCAUGCAGGAAACCCACUGAGGUCAUAGGAGACGGUCUGGACUCUGGUCGACCACAGGACAGAAAUACCCAGGACAGAAGGAGGACUCUGAAAAACUUAUCUGGAUUCUCCUCGAUGCGAGAGGGAGGGAGGAAGGAAGGAAGGAAGGAAGGGAAGGGGAAAAAAGAAAGCUCUCUAUCGCCCUCAUCAGGGAGAGUGUUUACCUUUCAUAAUCAACAAUAACAGUCCUCAGAGUCUGUAAAUAGGAACCCCUUAAGGAACUUGGAACUGAGACAGUUUCUAUGUACUGUCACUGGAGCAGUUAUUACACUGUUUACUGUGUCUGUUAUUACAGUGUCUGUUAUUUCAUGUAUGAACAUUGAUAAACAGGUUGACUGCUUCACUGAAUAUGUCAACUUCUGUAAAGACACAGUUAUACCCACAAAGACUGUUCGCUUUUUACCCAACAACAAACCCUGGAUCACAAGUCACAUAAAAGCAAUCCUUAACCAGAAAAAGAAAGCUUUUAAAGAUGGUGACAAAGAACGACUCAAACAAGUGCAACAAGAGUUGAAGAGGAGACUGAAGAUGGCAAAGCUGGAGUACAAAAAGAAUACAGAGAAGAAUCUACAACACAGCAACAUCUGUGAAGUGUGGAGAGGAAUCAGUACCAUCUCUGGACACAGCAAUAAAAAGAAAAGACAGCCAGUGGUGAGUGAAAUGGAAAGAGCUGAUGAACUCAACCUGUUCUUGAUCAGAUUUGACACUGCUGUCACACCCACUACCACUGCUACUCCACCUUCCUCUCCGCAACAAUCUCCACUACAACUUCUCCCCUUCCUCCUCCAUCUCGUUUAAAUGUCUCAACCACUUCCAACUGCCUCCCUCCUAGAACACCAGUCCUUGUCUGUCACCAAAAGAGAGGUGAGGAUGGAGCUUGGAAGACUUUGUCCUGGGAAGGCAGCUGGGCCAGAUGGUGUGUGUCCAAGGCUGCGUAGAGACUGUGCUGCAGAACUGUGUCAACCUCUCCACAAGAUCUUCAACCCGAGUCCACAGCUGGGGCGGGUACCUACUCUGUGGAAAACAUCCUGCAUUGUGCCAGUCCCAAAAAAAAAAUGUCCUGCAGAACACAAUGACUACAGACCAGUGGCCCUCACUUCACACAUCAUGAAAACCCUGGAGCGGCUGGUUCUACGUCUUCUGAGGUCAGAGGUCAAAGACAAACUGGAUUCCCUGCAGUUUGCAUACAAAGAACACAUUGGAGUGAAUGAUGUCCUUUACAUGCUUCACCAUGCCCUGUCUCAUCUGGAAGAACCUGGGGUUUAUGUGAGGAUCAUGUUCCUCGACUUUUCAAGUGCAUUCAACACCAUCCAACCUACCAUACUCAAAGACAAGCUCACAGAGAUGGGAGUGGAUCCUGCCUGUGUUUCCUGGAUGGAUCACAGAUUACCUGACAGGAAGGCCAUGGUUUGUGAGGCUGGGAAACUGUGUUUCUAGGACAUUAAUGAGCAGUACAGAGGCUCAACAAGGGACAGUGCUGGUGCCAUUCCUGUUCACACUGCAUAUGUCAGACUUCAAAUACAGCACUGACAAUCCAGACACAUCCAGAGAUACUCAGAUGACACCGCUAUUGUGGCAUGUAUCAGAAAUGGACAAGCUGAAUACAGAGAUCUGAUAAGAGCCUUCAGUGACUGGAGUCACAAAACUGCCUCCUCCUCAGCACCUCAAAGACAAAGGGGAUGGUCUAGACUUCCGUUGAUCCAAACCACCUCUUCAGCCAGUGAACACCUGUAGAGUGGACAUCCAAGUGCUGACAUCAUAUAAAUACCUAGGUGUACAUCUGGAUAAUAAGUUGGACUGGUCUAAGAAUAUAGACUUCAUCUACAUAAAGGGGCAGAGCCACUUCUUUUGCCUGAGAAGAAUCCGAUCAAUAGACAUCUGUAGUUGGAUGCUGCAGAUGUUUUAUCAGUCUGUGGUGUAAAUCUAUAGUGUUCUGUUCUAUGCUGCAGUCUGCUGGGGAAGAAGCAUCAAACAAAAAGAUGCAAGACGUCUUAACAAACUGGUGAAAAAGGCUGGCUCUGUGGUUGGACUCAAGCUGGACUCAGUGGAGGAUGUGGUGGAGAUAUCUACACUGAGGAAGGUGGAGUCUAUUCUAAAGAACAUGGAUCACCCACUUCAAAACACUUUGAUGGACCAAAGGGCCAAUGGUGGUGGACGGCUCCUCUCUCUUCACUGCAGGACAGAAUGAUUCAGAAGAUCUUUUCUACCAACAGCCAUCGGACUUUAUAACUCUUGUGUAAAUAGUAGAUAACUUUUAGAGACAUGAUUAAUGAGACAACAUUAAUAAAGUUCUUAUUCUUAUUCAGUAUCUGUUAUUACAGUGUCUUUUAUAUCAGUGUCUUUUGUCUGUUAUUACUGUGUCUUAUUGUCUGAUUUUCUUCGCUUUCUCUCAGCUGUUUUUUUUUUUCUUUUCAAUCAUCCUGAUGUAAAAUGAUAAAGUCACUUUGCUGAUCUGCAGCUCUUCCUCUCUGUCUGUCUCUCUCUGUCUGUCUGUCUGUUCCUCUGUGUUCCUCUCUGUCUGUCUGUCUGUCUGUCUGUCUGUCUCUCUCUCUGAUGUCAGAUCUUCUCAGACUCUCAGAUGUAUCUUACCCUGCCUCCGUGUCUCUCUAAUCCCCCCUUCGUGUCUCCAGCUGCUGUCCUUCCUGGCCUUCAUCCUGGAGGAGGUGGUCAACAGCUGCAUGAGCUGCACCGCCCUCUACUUCUUUGAGUUUGUCAGCUGCACUGCCUUCCUCUUCACCCUGCUGCUCCUCAUCCUCCUCUCCACCAGCCUGCACUCCAGAGUGGGCAUAACCUGCUGGCCCAAACUGGUAAGACACUUCAACUCCAGGUUUGAUUCACCAGCUAGUCGUCACAGGGGCACCAGGUCUUAAUUCUCCAGAGAGAAACUCCUCAAACUCCAGCACAGGUGACCAGGUGUACAGGUCCUAACUCUGCCCCCUUCUCUCUUUCUGUAGGACUUUGUUUACACCGCGAGCAUCGGCGUGCUUUUCCUCAUUGCCUCCAUCGUGUUUGCGUCAGACAACGGAAACACAUCUGUGGAGAGGGGGGCUGUGGUGAGAGGGCAGCAACACACACAGACACACAGACACACACAAGCAACCUCACACAGAGAAUCACGCACAGAAACAAAUACACACCCACACAGACACAGAUGCACACACAGAGACACACACACACAUAUGUAUGUAUGUAUAUAUAUAUAUAUAUAUAUAUAUAUAUAUAUAUAUAUAUAUAUAUAUAUAUAUAUAUAUAUAUAUAUAUAUAUAUAUAUAUAUAUAUAUACACUCACCGGCCACUUUAUUAGGUACACCAUGCUAGUAACGGGUUGGACCCCCUUUUGCCUUCAGAACUGCCUCAAUUCUUCGUGGCAUAGAUUCAACAAGGUGCUGGAAGCAUUCCUCAGAGAGCUUGGUCCAUAUUGACAUGAUGGCAUCACACAGUUGCCGCUGAUUUGUCGGCUGCACAUCCAUGAUGCGAAUCUCCCGUUCCACCACAUCCCAAAGAUGCUCUAUUGGAUUGAGAUCUGGUGACUGUGGAGGCCAUUUGAGUACAGUGAACUCAUUGUCAUGUUCAAGAAACCAGUCUGAGAUGAUUUCAGCUUUAUGACAUGGCGCAUUAUCCUGCUGAAAGUAGCCAUCAGAAGUUGGGUACAUUGUGGUCAUAAAGGGAUGGACAUGGUCAGCAACAAUACUCAGGUAGGCUGUGGCGUUGCAACGAUGCUCAAUUGGUACCAAGGGGCCCAAAGAGUGCCAAGAAAAUAUUCCCCACCAGACCAGCCCUUCUGGCACCAACAACCAUGCCACGUUCAAAGUCACUCAAAUCACCUUUCUUCCCCAUACUGAUGCUCGGUUUGAACUGCAGGAGAUUGUCUUGACCAUGUCUACAUGCCUAAAUGCAUUAAGUUGCCGCCAUGUGAUUGGCUGAUUAGAAAUUAAGUGUUAACGAGCAGUUGGACAGGUGUACCUAAUAAAGUGGCCGGUGAGUGUAUAUAUAUAUAUACAUGUACUACAGGCCAAAAGUUUGGAAGCAAUGCCAUUACAGGCCAAACAGUUGGGAGUAACUUCAAGUUUUUGUUCACAAUGUUUUUUUUUUAAUCCAGCGUGAGUUUUAUGUACUCCAUGAUCAGAUGUUGCUUCCAUGGAAAUGCACCAUUUUACUUCAUUUACCUUUAGAUAUACAUUGAUGUUAACAGACCAUUGCUAAAUAUAUGUCAGCAAAAGAUAAUAAGGGCUUAGUUUUAGGGUUGAAAACAUUUGCAAGAGUCACAACUUCAGUGCAAAAGCAAAAAAAAAAAAAAAAUCAUAAUUGGAUUAUUCACUUCAACUUGUUGGCUUUUGAGAGCCUGCAUACAAAAAUCCUCAUAAAUCUCAACUGCAUUUAAACUACCCCAAAAAUGGCUAGAAAGAAGCAACUGAGUGUGUCCUCCACUGGUGUAUGAUUGUGAGUGUUGUGUGGUGGUGGUCGGAGAGGCCAUAGGCGCAAAAUGGCAGCCACGUUUCCAUCAGUCUGCCCCAGGGCAGCUGUGACUACUAAGGUAGUUUAUCACCACCAAAGUGUGACUGUGUGAUCGAAUGAAUGAUGUAUCCAAUGUAAAGCGCUUUGAGGGUCUCUGAUAAAGCGCUAUAUGAAAUCUGAUGCAUUAUUAUUAUUAUGAGUAAAGAAACAAAAGUACAGAUUUGUACAUUGAGGAAAGAAGGAUAUACAGAAAGAGAAAUUGCAAAACGCCUAAAGGUGUUUAACAAAGGAGUCCACUACACUCUGAAGAGACUAGAGGAACCUGGAAGUUAUGAUGAUAGAAAAAGACCUGUACGAAAUAGAGUUACUCCAAAAGCAGAGGAUAAACAUAGCAUUGUCACCAGUAAAAGAGAUCGGCGAAAGACAGCACCACAAAUAAAGGAGGAAAUCAACAUAACAAGGUCGAAACCCAUAUCUGACAACCGUGAAAUGACGUUUGAGAAAGGCUGGUCUGAAGGGUUGUGUAUCUGCAAAAUAACACUACUUUGUCCACAGAACAAGAAAAAGAGAUAUGAGUGGGCAAAAGCUCACAAAAAUUGACUUGUGAUGACUAGAAUCAAGUUUGCACUUUUUGGUUCAAAACGCAGAGUCUAUGUCUGCAGACAAACUGGUGAACGUCUGAAAGCACCAUGUGUUACACCCACAAUUCAGCAUGGAGGUGGUAGUUACAUGGUAUGGGGAUGUUUUGCAGGUGAUAGAGUAGAAGAUUUGUUUGAUGUAAAGGGUAUCAUGAAGAAGGAACAGUACCACUCCAUCCUCCAGCACCAUGCUGCUCCAUCUGGACUAAGACUUGUGGCUCAUAAGUUUGUUUUGCAGCAAGACAGUGACCCUAAGCACUCUACCAAACUCUGUCAGGGUUAUCUAGACAAAAAAGAAGAGAAAGGUGUUCUUCAAAAUGGGUUGGCCCCCUCAGUCUCCAGACCUUUCUCCAAUUGAGCUUAUGCGGGAUGAAUUGGAUCGAUCGGUCAGAAAAACGCAUCCCACGAAUCAGCAGUCUCUUUUAAAUAACUUAAGAAAGCUUGGAAUGCAAUCCCUGGAACAUACCUUAAAAAACUUGUGGAACGAAUGCCUGGUACAUGCCAAGCUGUUGUUAAAGCCAGAGGAGGUUACUUUAAAGAAAGCAAAGUCUAUGCAACAAUAACUCAAAUAUCUAAUAAUUAUAGUCAAAAUGUCUUCUGAUAAGUUACUCUUUACACAAUAGUCAUGUUUAUUGUGUUGCAAAUUAUAUAUAUGAAACUAUGAUCUUUUUUUGUACAAAUCUGAUCUUGCUUCCAAACUUUUGGCCUGUCGUGUAUAUAUAAAUGUAUUUAUGCAUGCAUACAUUUAUAUAUACACAUAUAUAGAGAGAUAAUUUCCCUACAGGGAUCAUUAAAUUUCUUCUUCUUCUUCUUCUUCUUCUUCUUCUUCUCCUUCAUGGUUACCGUCGGUAACAUGUUUUCAGUCUCUGUUUGUGUUACACGUGUUUCAGAAUUGACAGUAAAGUAACCUUGACCCUUGACCUUUCCAAAAUACGAUUAUCUCUUUUUCCUUUUUGACAUCCUAGUUUCCUCCCUUCCUCCCUUCUCUCCCUCUUUGUGUCCUGUCUGUCCUUCUCUGACUCCUCUUUUCCCUCCUUACCUCCUCCUUCAUCUCCUUCUUCCUCUUUUCCUUCUCUGCCUCCUCCUGUCCUCCAUUUGUCUCCUAACCUUGUCUCAUUGUUCUCCUCCUCUCCUCCUCCAUUUUCAGGCCUUUGGUUUCCUGGCAUCGUUGGCGUUCUUCCUUGACCUCGGCUGGUUUGUGAAGUGUAAUGGCGUCCCCUUUAAGAACGCAGAGAAACAAGAACCCAGUAAUGUCAGCGUGGCGCCGACUGGUGCUUCGGCAGAGACGGACAAACUGAAUGCCGUGGCGAACGGCACAGAAGACGCGUAAUUCAGUCUUUGUGCUGCACGCUGAGGUCAGAGAAUAUUUCGCACUCUGUUCCUUUAAUAUGACACUGGGGGUGGAGCUUCGAUGACCAGGCCCGUUCAUGACAUCAUUUUAAAUCAAGUUUUUAUAGGCUCAGUGCUGUGGGGUCAAUCAGUUUUCUCAUAAUGAACCAAUCACAGAGCAGAACAGGCGCUCGCUUUUAAACAGGCUCUGGUGUUUUUGAUCCGGACUCGACCCAGACUCUACCCAGACUUGACCCGAACUUGACCCAGACUCGACCCAGAUUUGACCCAGACUUGACCUGGACUUGACUCUGCAGAUGUCACUCUCCUCCAUGAGCUGAAGACUCAGAAACAUUCAACAGCUGCUCCAACCGUCUCCAUAUAAACUCACCAAACCCGAUUCAUAAAAACACCGAUUUAAGCCCACAGGUCUUCCUCUGCUUUGUGUGUUUGUGUAAGUUCAGCUCAGACACAAUAUUCACUUCACACACAACAACACAAACAAACACACAACAAAGAGGAGCAGACGGGGGGAUGGGGACUCCUCGGGCGUCUGCAGGGAUCCUCUCAUUAAUGCAGUCUGAAGAAGAACUACCGGAGCCUGUCAGGGAGAAAAAGAAGGACUUUAUAGCACACUCUAACCCGUUUCCCUGCUGAGAUACUUCAUUCUUAUCCAGAUCCUCUUCACAAACAGCAGAGGGUGCUGUCCUGCAGGUUAUUCCAUCUCCUCUGUAUGUGGCUGAUCAGACGUGUUCAAAUGAGCCUGCAGCAGUUGGAGAUUUUACAGGUGUGGGUUCAUCAAGACCACCUCUCUCUCUCGCUCUCUCUCUCUCUCUCUCUCUCUCUCUCUCUCUCUCUCUCUCUCUCUCUCUCUCUCUCUCUCUCUCUCUCUCUCUCUCUCUCUCUCUCUCUCUCUCUGUUAUCUAUCUCUCUCGCUCUCUAUCUAUUUCUCUCUCUCCAGGAGGGAGGAGUCUCCUCACCUGUUCUACAGGUAACUUUGAUCUAAGGUCCGUUAAGACCAUCAAACAUGUUGGUUUUUGGAGUUUCUCCUCUAAAGCUUGAACAUCCACUGUGUUACUGACGGACUUUAGAACUGAACCGUGAGCCCAGAGGAGGACCGGGUCACCAGAGAGGAAUUGAACCUCUGACGCCUUUUUUUGACCUUUGAAAAUAAGAGAGAGGACAGAAAGGUCAUCAGUCAUUUCUCAUUAGGUUCUUACAUUUAACCAAAUAUAAGAAACUAGAUCUCAGCUGUGUGUGUGUGUGUGUGUGUGCGUGCGUGCGUCAGACCCCAGACAAGAUCAGUCACUAUCAGUUAUUAUUAAUCAUUAUCAGUCAUUAUCGGUCAUUGUCAAUGAUUAUCGGUCACUAUCAGUCAUUAUCACCAUUAUCAGUCAUUAUUGGUAAUUAUCGGUCAUUAUCAUUAUUAUUGGUAAUUAUCGGUCAAUAUCAUUACGAUCGGUCAUUAUCAGCAAUUAUUUGUGAUUAUAGGUCGUUAUCAGCCGUCGUCGGUCCUUGUUUGUCAUCAUUAAUCAUUUUGACUCUCAGUUGUUGGUGAGUUGGAGAUCCUGCAGAGGAGGGUCGGAGUAAAAACACCAAAAACACCAGAGUUAAUCAAUAAAUCGACAAUCAUCAUUUUAAUCAAUAAUGUGAAUAAAGGCAGAGAGACCCUAAAGCACUGAGCAGGUGAAAGUUCUUCCUGGUUGAUGAGCAUGAACACAUGAAUCACACCUUUCAGCCUGUCACAGUAUCUGCGGAGUCGGAUACCUGUCCUCAUGUCAAUCUUCCUGUUUGGACCUGAACCCCCUCAGCUCCCUGACUUUUGACCUUUGACAUCUGACCUUUACUUUAGACAUGUUUCAUUUCCUGUGGAUGACACUCUGCAGCUUCACUUUCAAAUAUGUCAUUUAUAAUGUCUCUGACUUUUAUUUUGAAAUGUAAGAAACGUCUCAGGCUUUUAUUUUGAGAUGCGAGUGUGUCAGAUGGGCUUGUUUGUUCUGUUCUCAGGGGGUCGGGCUUGAGGUUCUGUUAGCAGAUAGAAAAGUCCAGAAAAGAAGAAAGGCCUGCCUUAAUGAUAAUUAAUGACAAUUAUCAUAUCAUAAUUAAUGACUUGAUGAUAAAAUCCAGAGUGUUCUCUGAUUAUUGAAAGAAGAGAAAAAGUGAAAAUGUGAAAUUAAGGAGUGAAAUGAUAAAAGAUGAUCCGGACGGUCACUGAGGUUUCACUUAAGAUCUGAUGAGUUUGACUUUUUACUGUUUUAAUUACUGAAUAUUUGAUUUGACUUUUUAUUCAUUUAGUCUCUCCUCUCUCUGUCCUGAAGCUGCAGAGUUUGUUUUUAUUCAUGUCUUUAUUUUUAUGGACACGCUGUGAUGACCAUGGUUCAGAUGGACCUGUUAGCUGUUCAGGACCAAAAACCUUCAAAUGUCCUGAAAUAAUGAUUGAUCAGGUGAAACCACAUUCAGACCCUGACCCCCCCCUCCCUGUCCCUGGUCCGACCCUGAACCCUCUCCCUGUCCCCGGAGGGUUUCUGCUGCGUUGGUUGUUUUUGUCUUUAUGCCCAGAAAAUGAAGUGGACUGCAAGUUUUCAGGAACUUGGUGGAUCUGGUGCCUGUCGUAAGUUUUUCUAUCUGUAUUUUUUUAUUCCAGAUUUCAUAGGAAAAAUUAAAAAAAACUUGAACCAGGAGGAAUUUCAUUUUUAAUCUCAUUUAAUUAUGUUUUUCUGAAUCUGCUGCUGUAAGAAGUAAAGAAGUAAAGAGAAAGACCAAAAAACCCAGAAAGAGACAUCGACGUCCCGAAAAUGAGCUUAAAGACGGUAAAUGUGGUGUCAGAGUUUGAGUCUUAAAUCUGAAGAGUUUAUUCUGAUGUCUGAGAGGAGAAACAGUUUUAUGAAAACAAAGUGAAUCAGAGAAAUGAUGCUCGUCAGAGAUCAGAACCACCAGCACAGAUUUAUUCUGUUCAGACUGCUUCUUCAAAAAGAUCUGAAACUAAAUCAGACAAUCAGACUGAAUCUAUGAUCUGGUUGAUCGCAGAGAAAACUUCUGUGAGAAAAAAAACAAUCUGUUUUUAUAUAAGUGAAACUUUCAGGACCAAUAAGUGUGUUAGAGCUUUGUUAGGGUUGUGUAUAUUUCCAUGAUCCUCCUCUGAUAAGUGCCUGUUUUUAUACCCACAUAUGUUAAACUCUGUAUGAAGACAAUGUCAUGUUGUUUCUUACAUGAUCAUUUUAAUAACCCAGAACCUAAUAAACUGAUUUUUAAGAAAGAA